AUGAACGCCGGGGCGAGCGAGAUAUCGGAGCGGUAUGGGGACAUGGACGUCGCGCCGCAUUUGCGCUGGGUGACCUGGAUGCUCAGCGGGUUCGUCUUCGCCUGGGGGAUUUACAUAUUUUUGAGCGGCCCCCUCGUCGAGGAGGACCCUCACUUCGAGAAGUGGUGCAAGUUGUUCGAUCAUAACCUCGCCGGCGCGAUGUACGCGGCUGAGCGCAAUUCCCGAGGGAAGGGGAGCUUGCCAGGGUUCGACUGGGAUCGCGUGAUGGGGAGGACCGAACCGAAGAAGGGUUAUCAUUCCUAUGAUAUUAAUUAUCAGAAUCCCUUGAACUACGUCGCGGCCAGCGGACCCGGUGAUGAAUUUAAAAAUUGA